GUCCGAUCUACCUCCCACUAACCAAUGAACAGCGGUCAUGAUCCGAGCCUCCUACGACGAGAUGGCGCAUGCCGGCGAGCGGCCAGAAGACUCAAUCGAGCUGCUCGACGGCGGAUAUCUGGCUUCUUUGGGCGUGUAUCAUGAUCUGCACUGUCUGCGUCGGAUCCGCUUCUUCCUCUACCGCGAUCAUUUCUACCCCAACAUGACCGCCGAGCAAGAACACGGCGAAGCUUCUCACGUCGAACACUGCCUCGAAUCCCUCCGCACAUCAACAAUGUGCACCGGCGACACGGGGCUCUGGACCUUCGAAUGGCAUCCCCACGUCGCCAAAGCGCAAGCCAAGACGGCGGCGCAGCGGAGCUGCGUUGAUUGGGGCGCGCUGGACGAGUGGACGAGGGGCAGGGCGGUGGGAUUCAAUCCGAGGUUGAAGGGGAGGCCUGUAGGGAUGGGGUUAUGA